CCAAGGCCACUUGUCUCACAAAUCUUUAAGAUACCAUAACCAAACCAUGCCUGGCCUUAGCAUCUUCAGCUUCCUCCGCUCUCAGUACUUCGUCAGUCUCCCAUAUCCCAAGGACCGCUUUGACAACAAAACCAUUAUAGUGACAGGCUCGAAUGUUGGGCUCGGAAAGGAAGCAGCACUGCACUUCGCUCGGCUUGGCGCUUCCUCCGUGAUCCUUGCAGUACGCUCCACCGAAAAGGGAAACGCCGCGAAAGCGGACAUCGAACGCACCACAGGAUGCUCCAAGAAUGUCAUAAAAGUAUGGCAGCUAGACAUGUCAAGCUACGCCUCUGUUCAAGACUUCGCCACCCGCGCCGAACGAGAAUUGCCGAGAUUGGAUAUCGCGCUGUUGAAUGCUGGGAUAGCAGGAGGGGAGUGGAGGAUGAACGAGAAGGACGAAGCGACGAUUACUGUGAAUGUUGUUUCAACAUUUCUGCUAGCACUCUUGCUGCUGCCGAAAUUGAAGGAAACUGCCAAGAAGUAUAACACGAGACCGAAUCUCACCAUUACCUCAUCUGAGGUCCACUUCUUCGCUAAAUUCGAGGAGAGGAAGGCCCCCGAAGGAGGAAUCUUCGAGCGGCUAAGUGCGGACCCAAAGACGGAUAUGGCCGAGCGGUACCAAGUUUCGAAGCUGUUGGAGGUGUAUUGCAUCCGAGCAAUGGCUGAGCGGACUCCAGCGGACAAGUACCCAGUAACGAUUAACUGCUUGAACCCUGGCUUGUGCCAUUCUGAGCUUGCUAGAGACGCGGGACUGGGUCUAAUGUUAAUAAAAAUUAUUCUCGCGCGGUCAACGGAAAAGGGAAGUCGAACGCUUGUCCAUGCUGCGAGUCAAGGUUCCGAAACUCAUGGCGAAUAUCUGAGCGAUUGUAAAGUUCAUGAGGCGGCGCCGAUUGUGACAAGUGAAGAGGGACAUGUAUUGCAGGAACGAGUCUGGGACGAGUUAUCAAAGAAGUUAGAGGCGAUCAGGCCAGGCGUCAUUGCUAAUCUGUAGAGAUAAGGAGAGGAAAAGCUGGACCAUGGAAAGGCCUUGUUGCUAAACGGACCGAACAUACCUUCGGAUCUGCAUUAUUAAUCUCUCUCGCGCGAUACCA